UUCUUUUCAAUGGGUUCUCGUAGAUAUGAAUGAAGAUAUUAAAAAAAAAUACGAAAAAUGUUCCGCGUGUAAUAAAAAAAGAAGCCUUAAACAUGAGAACGGAGGCCUGUGUACUAGUUGUUAUUCUGCGCACUUUCAGCCCGCUAAUAGCGGAAAUUUAGAUAUAGACAAUCUAAUUAAAGCAACACAUAGUAACAGUCCGAAUUUUAGGUUAGAAUGGAUUCCAUUUGAAGAUUUUAGUGAUAUCCAGAAAAUUACAGAAGGCGGCUUUAGCAUGGUGUUUACUGCAUCAUGGGCAAAAGGGAGAGUUUUAAGUUGGUCUGGGAAGGAAUUUAAACGAGCAGGUUGCGAAACUAUUGUGUUAAAGAUUCUUAAAGAUUCUCGUAAUAUUAAUUCCGACUUUAUAAAGGAGGUAAAGCGAAGUUUCAUUUCAUCCAACAAUCAAUAUUUUUAUUAA